AACUCGGAAUUAAACUGUUGGGAAAAGCACCGUGGCUGAAAACUUCGAUUAAAAAAAUGGGAAAACUAACUGGCUCACCAACUUUAUCCGCGUAUCCGCUGAAGAGAUAAGGAACAACAGCGAUGGACCCUCUUGCUUUCUCCCUGGGUCGAUUUUUUCUCUGACAAUGCCGAGGGAGGAAAAUAAAAUCCCGAUUUUCUCGGAGUUCCAUUGAAAGUAAAAUUUUUACUCAUGGAGAAAGGAGCGAGAAGAAGUCGGGAGUCAUGAGCACAGGUGUAAAGAAGCCUCCAUUAGCUCCCAAACCAAAACUCCCCGUUUCAACCAAACCUCCCAUUGCCCCGAAGCCAUGUCCUCUCUCCCAGCCCUCUCCUUCCGCCCCCAAGAGGCCAAAGCCAGCAGUUGCUCCUAAACCAUGCCUACCCAGAUCCUCGGGCUCCUCAUCGCCGCCUGUUUCCCCCCCGUCGCUCAAACCAACCGAACCCAUCGGUUCGGCUCUAGAUGAGAACCUCUUCCACCUCAACUCUAAGAAUGGGAUUUUAUCUGAGACAGAGAGUCGUGAGUCGGAUUACAUCAUCUCCACCUGCUCCUGCUCCACUGGGGAGUGUCACCCUCAGGAAAACGGAGACGCAAAUGAAUCUGCAGCAGAUUUUGACAAAGAGCCGCUGCAGAACGGGGUCACCACCGGCAAAAACACAGAAGAGGAGGAGGAGACCCAUGAGAAGGCUCCAGCUGACUAUGAGAGUGAAAGAAUUAGCAAAAAGCCAAGGGAUAAACCUCAGAGGCAGAGACAUCUUGAUAGGGGCUUAGUGAACAGAGAGAGGACUGAGGAGGACUCAGACGUGCCGACUGAGGCCGAAACGGCAGAGCAGACAGCAGCCUGUGAUGUUGCAGGCAACAUCCUGACAAGCAUCCAUCCACCGGAGUCUUCUCAAGCAAAAGAACAGACGUUUCCCAUCAGCCCCCUGCCUGAUCUACCAGUCCCCGCCGCUCCCAGCAAGCCCCUCCCAGUGCCUCACCCACGGAAGUUCAAAAAGCCGACUCUGGUGAGGCAGGACGGCGUGGAGGGUCAGGAUCAGGCGACGCCGGUGGAGGAGCAGAAGAAUGAGCCUGAGCUGCAGCAAGCAGACGACUCUGAGACCCAGAGAGACUCGUGUUUGGUAGAUGUAGAGACGGACGUUCCCGUUCCGCCUCCAAGACAAACUUCCCUCUCUCCAAGGCUGCACAGAGCUGUCCGCUGUUUGCUCAACAAAAACACCUCUCACUCCUUAGACCUGCUGUCCCACCCCGACUCCGAGGGCCACGGUAAGGAGGCUCAGCAAGACAAUGAGGAGGAGGAGGACGGGUACGGCGACUUCGAGCGGUACCCGAUCUCCCACAGCCUCCCCAAACAGAUCAAACUGGGCUGUCACCGGAAAGCUCUGUCUGCCGAGGAUCAGCAGUCGCCGCGGGCACCGCCGAGGAAACCUCAGAGACACAGCCUGCCAGCCCCACCGCCACCCUCCGUCUGCCCUCCUGCGCCCCCGCAUGCCAGCACCCCCAUGAGGGAUCUGCCGCCGCCUCCUCAGGAGAAAACCGCCUGGCGCUUCUCGCGGCCUUCCGUCACCUUCUUCAGCCGUCAGAUUCCCACCAGGAGCAGCGUGCCGCCCAAAAGCCGAGCACUGGCGCUGGGGGGCAAGCAGAGGGCGCAGUCCUUCUCCGCAGCCGACCUGGCAACCCGGGCCGGCUCGUCCCAGAAGAGGAGCCUCUCUUUCCGUAAGCUGCUGGAGCUGCGGCUGAAUGUGAAGAUGCUGCCAAAGCUGCUGGCCAAAGGGGGGCAGUCCCUGGACUGCACCAGCAUGGACAAAAGCCUGGGGCGGCCCAGCAGCUGCAUCGAGGACCCCGACAUCCACAGGGAGGAUGUGGAGUACGAGAACGUGCCGCUGUACGAGGAGAUCCCGGAGUAUAUGAACCUGCCGUUCCACGGAGCGAGGCUGGGCUGGCCGCACGACCCCGAUGGAGGCGACGCCAACAUCUACGAGGUGCAGGACCCCUUCCACAGAUGCAGCGAGCACGAAUACGAGAGGUGGGUUCAGACUACAGCACGCGCUCUUAGGUUGCUCGACUUUCGGGAUGCUGUUGCUAAGGCAACGCGUCAGAACGGGAAGCCGGUGGUGGACGAGCGGAUCCUGAGUCAGAUUCUGUACUACCUGCCGCAGCUGUACCAGCUGAACAAAGACCUGCUGCGAGAGCUGGAGGACAGGGUGGCACACUGGAGCGACCACCAGAGAUUGUCGGACAUUUUUGUCCAGAAAGGUCCCUAUCUGAAGAUGUAUUCCACCUACAUCCGCCAGUUUGACAACAAUGUAGCUCUGCUGGACGAGCAGUGCAGGAAGAACCCUGCAUUCGCAGCUGUCGUCCGGGAAUUUGAGAUGAGUCCGCGAUGCGCCAGCCUGGCUCUGAAACACUAUCUUCUGAAACCAGUGCAGAGGAUCCCUCAGUACCAGCUGCUGCUCACAGAUUAUCUGAAGAACCUCCCUGAAGACUCUGAGGACUAUAAAGACACACAGACUGCACUCAGCGUCGUGAAGGAAGUAGCCAAUCAUGCGAAUGACAUCAUGAAACAAGGGGAUAAUUUUCAGAAGCUGAUGCAGAUUCAGUACAGCCUCAACGGCCAGCAUGAGAUCGUCCAGCCAGGCAGGGUGUUCCUGAAGGAGGGGACGCUCAUGAAGCUGUCCAGGAAAGUCAUGCAGCCGAGAAUGUUUUUUCUGUUUAAUGAUGCACUCAUGUACACCACUCCGGUCCAGUCUGCCCAGUAUAAACUCAACAGUGUUCUGUCGCUGGCUGGAAUGAAGGUCAGCAAGCCGAGCCAGGAGGCCUAUCAGAACGAGCUGAACAUCGAAAGCGUUGAGCGCUCCUUCAUCCUGUCUGCCAGCUCGGCUAAAGAGCGAGACGAGUGGCUGGAGGCCAUCGGGAAGGCCAUCGAAGAUUACACGAAGAAGAAAAUAACCUUCAUAUCCAGCCGCAGUCAGGAAGAGGCAGAAUGUGUCGUCGACAGCGGCGCCCCGUUAGGCUCAAAAGCUCCAAUCUGGAUCCCAGACCUGAGAGCCACCAUGUGCAUGAUCUGCACCUGCGAGUUCACUCUCACCUGGAGGAGGCAUCACUGCCGGGCCUGCGGAAAGGUGGUGUGUCAGGCCUGCUCCACCAAUAAGUACUAUCUGGAGUACUUGAAGAACCAACCGGCUCGCGUGUGUGACCACUGCUUCGCCAAGCUUCAGGAAAACAGCGACCGCUGUGCUUCGUCAUCAACAUCUCCCAUUAAAUCUGGAGCGUUUUCCUUCACUAGAAAACAGAAGAAGAUUCCAGCUGCGCUAAAGGAGGUGUCCGCCAACACAGAAAACUCCUCCAUGAGCGGCUACUUGCACCGAUCCAAAGGCAACAAGAAGCAGUGGAAGAGGCUGUGGUUCGUCAUAAAGAACAAAGUUCUGUACACCUACGCUGCUAGCGAGGACGUGGCGGCUCUGGAGAGCCAACCGCUGCUGGGAUUCUUCCUGAGGGAGGAGAAGAACGGGCCGGCUCAGAAGCUGCAGUUCAAGCUGUAUCACAAAAACACGCUGUUCUACAUCUUCAAGGCUGACGACAUUCCCACGGCGCAGAGAUGGAUCGAAGCCUUCCAAGAGGCGAUGAUUCUGGAGCAGUAGAUUCUCGGAUCCAUCCGGACGGAUUACAAACCGCACACUUAAACAUUUCAGACAAACAGCCGGCCUCUGACGCUCGGCCGUGCCGACUCGGGUCGGGUUCUGAGCGAGUCGCGGCUGCAGAUCAACAGUCAAGUCCAGAAGCACGUGUGAGGAAGUUUAACCAAAGUGUGCGGAGAAAUCUUCAGAAGUCUAAAGUCUGGGAAUGAAUUUCAAAAUGCUUUGAGAUGAAGGAAUCACGACAAGCACUCGCUGACAAAAACACAGCUGAGCACCCAGAUGGAGAUUAGGUUAAAGCAGGCGGUGCAAGGGUGAAAGGUCAUCCAACUGAGACUAACUGGACACAAAAUAGGAAACGGUCAGGAACAGCAAAGGCAGCUAAAAUGACAAAAAUAUAUUUAAA